AUGAAAGUGGUGCGCGUUCUGUUCUGGUGCGAUGUAGGACUUUGCGGAGAAGAAGGCUUGGUUGGUGUUUUUAGUCAAGAUUAUUUACAUUGUGUCGAAACAACAAUACAAUGUAAAUGUAGCACCGAUUUAUUGGAAGUUACAUGCCGUGAUGGUGGUCUAACGUCAGUUCCAACGUCAUUGCCUCCAACAUUACUCAAAUUAGAUUUAACUACUAAUAAUAUAACUACAAUUGUGGAACGAGCAUUUCAAGACACACCAGAAUUAGAAGAUUUAAUAUUAUCUGAAAAUAAAAUAGAACAUAUACAUCCCUAUGGAUUUAUAGGAAUACCAAAGUUAAAAAAAUUAGUAUUUCAAAAUUGUGGCCUGUUAAAAAUUCCUGUUCUUCCUCUACGUUCACUUACAAAAUUAGCAACAUUGCAAUUAGAUCAAAAUGAAAUUAGUGAAAUUGAUGAAGACAGUUUUCUUAAUAUGGAUUCACUUAGAAGUUUAAGACUUGACAAUAAUCAAUUAAAACGUAUUCCAACCGCUGCAAUUAGUUCGCUUAAAAAUUUAGAGGCCUUGAAUUUAGCAAGUAACAGCAUCACAGUGAUCACAGCAGAUGCUUUCCCUGUUAUGCAAAAUUUAAUUAUUUUAUUACUAAAAAGAAAUAAAAUUACAUUCGUUGAUGAUGAUGCCUUUGUAAAUUUAACAUCAUUACGAAUAUUAGAAUUAGAUGAUAAUUUACUUACUAAUAUACCUGUAGCUAUUACGAAAUUACCUAUGUUAAAGGAACUUUCUGUGUCCGGCAAUAAAAUUAAAUACGUUCCUGGUGGGAUUUUACAACUAACUCCCACAUUAUCAUUGUUAGAAAUUAAAGGAAAUCCAUUAAUUGGAAUUGAUCCAAAUGCAUUUUCAUUUUUGCCAAAUUUAAAAAAAUUAAUUUUAUCAGAAACAAAAGAUUUAACAGAAUUUCCAAAUUUAAAUGGUACAAAUUCGUUAGAAAUACUUCGAUUAGAUCGAUCGAGUAUUAAAACCGUUCCGUCCACGUUAUGUGUUACGUGUCCGCGCCUCAAAAGUUUAGAUUUAAAGUCAAAUAAACUAACAAAAAUUCCUGAUUUGAAUAAAUGUCGGGAUUUAAGAGUAUUGGAUUUAGCAAAAAAUAAUAUAAACUCACUAGAAGGAAGUUUAUUUCGUGAUUUAAAUCAAUUACAUGAUUUAUUAUUAGGCCAUAACAAUAUUAUGUAUAUUCCACCGGAUGCAUUUUUGGGAUUAUCAAAAUUGCAAGUUUUAGAUUUAGAGUCAAAUGAUAUCCAAGAAAUUCAUCCAGAAGCGUUUGUAGCUUGUUCGCAUAUAGAAGAUUUAAAUUUAGGACAAAAUAAAUUUCCACGAUUACCAUUUUUAGGAUUAGAUCGUUUAUUACAUUUAAAAACAUUUAAUAAUCCUAAUUUAAGAGAGUUUCCUAGUCCAGAAUUAUUUCCACGUAUACAAACAUUGGUAUUAUCAUAUGCGUACCAUUGUUGUUCAUUUUUACCAAUUAUUUCGUUAGAUGCCCCACCAAAAGCACCAUUACAUGAAGCGGUUUUUUUCCCAAAAGACACAGACUUUGAUAUGAGUUUAUGGAAUUCAAGUGUUACGGACAUUUGGCCACAAUUACAUAAUCUGAGUAAAAAAUUUGGAACACAAAUAAAUGAUAUAUUCGAUACAUUUGGUUCAGAUUUUUCCUAUCCAGGCAAUUUACCAGCUUAUGUUGAAGAAUAUUUUGAGGAAAAUGGAAAUACACCUUUAAUAACAGGUAGUGAUGCACCACCUGGAAAAAUUCAAUGUUUACCAGCACCAGGCCCUUUUUUACCAUGCCAAGAUUUAUUCGAUUGGUGGACAUUACGAUGUGGUGUUUGGAUAGUUUUUUUAUUAGCAAUGCUUGGAAAUGGCACCGUUGUUUUUGUGCUUAUAUUUUCAAGAAGUAAAAUGGAUGUUCCUAGAUUUUUAGUAUGCAAUUUAGCUGCGGCUGAUUUUUUUAUGGGAAUUUAUUUAGGUAUUUUAGCAGUUGUGGAUGCAUCUACCUUAGGUGAAUUUCGUAUGUAUGCAAUACCAUGGCAGAUGUCAGCCGGUUGUCAAUUAGCCGGUUUUCUUGGUGUAUUAAGUUCCGAACUAUCUGUAUAUACAUUAGCUGUUAUAACACUUGAACGUAAUUAUGCAAUAACACAUGCAAUGCAUUUAAACAAACGUUUAUCAUUAAAACAUGCGGGUUAUAUAAUGUUAUGCGGCUGGUUAUUUGCAUUAAUUAUGGCUGUGUUACCAUUAUUUGGUAUUUCAGAUUAUCGUAAAUUUGCAAUAUGUCUCCCAUUCGAGACCACAACGAGUACGGCAAGUUUAACAUAUGUAGUAUUUUUAAUGUUUAUAAAUGGUGUAGCAUUUUUAAUUUUAAUGGGUUGUUAUCUGAAAAUGUAUUGUGCAAUACGUGGUUCGCAAGCAUGGAAUUCAAAUGAUUCACGUAUUGCAAAACGUAUGGCGUUGUUAGUUUUUACAGACUUUAUAUGUUGGUCCCCAAUAGCAUUCUUUUCAUUGACAGCAAUCUUUGGUUUACAAUUAAUCUCGUUGGAAGGUGCAAAAGUGUUUACAGUGUUUGUGUUACCAUUAAACUCAUGUUGUAAUCCCUUUUUAUAUGCAAUUUUAACAAAACAAUUCAAAAAAGAUUGUGUUUUAAUAUGUAAGGCGAUUGAAGAAUCGCGAGUGACACGUGGUAUCGGACGAUGUAGACAUUCAUCGAACUUUAGUAAUCGACAAACACCAGCGAAUACGAACAGUUUAGUGGAUCGGUCUUCACGUGAUCAUGCUGUACAUCAUCAUCCGCAAGUAUGCACGUGUAAUACUAAAUUAUUAGGUGAUAGUAGUUCGGGUAGUGGUAUAGCAGCAGGUCACGGUGGUGGUGGCGAACGAGGCGCACGCACCCCUCAACGAUUGUUGUUGUGUAUGCAUCGUGGCCCAGAUACGCUGCGUCGCACGCGUUCAGAUCAAUACGCGUAUCAAAUAGCGGAGAUACAACAGAAACAACACAAACGUGCAUCCUCAGUAUCAUCUAGUGAGAAUUUCAGUUCGUCUCGUUCUGAUUCGUGGCGACAAAAUCAUCAUCAUUGUGGUAUACCAUUACGUUUAUUAGAUCCAAAACGACGAGCAUCUUCGUGGCUAGUUACUAGAAAACCAUCACAAGACUCAAAUUUAUCGAGUUCGCGUAACGAUUCAUCUGGGUCAGCGACAACAGCUAGCACCAGCACGUGGAGAAUGUCACGAUCAAGUGCAUCGGGUGAUAUUCGAACAAUACAACAUGUACCAGAACCAGUGCGUCCACGAUCAAAACCACGUUUAACACGUCAAUGUGCUAUACAAGAUGAUUCCGAGCCACCAGGUACACCAGGUCGUUUAACUGUACGAUUUUUAACAACAAUACCGUCCGCUGCAGAAACCAGCAUGCAAAUUGAUGAGGAUACACCUGCGUGCGCCAUUAGUCCAUCACACACUGCCAUUUUACAUGUAAGUCCAUCCAGAAAUGACGUUGAAAAUAAUGCACCAUUUUAUGCGAUAUUACAUACAAAUUCACAGGAUCAAGCAGCUGUGCCAUCAGCAGGACGACCGGCACCACAAAAUGGAGAACAAAAUGCUGCUUCUCAACAACUUCCGCCAGAUACUCGGCCACCACCCACGUGAACCGUGACAACAAUUAACGUGAACAACGUUAAUUGACAACAACUUUAAAUCGAACAGAAAACGUAAAUACAAAU